AUGGAGUUCGGCUUUCAAACCUCUAUCGCGCCGCCUAAACUGUUGCCUGAAAUCGAUGAUUCCCCGACGCAGACAAACAUCCUGGCGGCCCGAAGCGUGAGCAACAUCCUCCGGUCCUCCCUGGGCCCCAAGGGUAUGGACAAGAUGCUCGUCAGCCCGGACGGCGACGUGACCAUCACCAACGACGGCGCCACCAUCCUCGACAAGAUGCAGGUCGAGCACCAGGUAGCGCGAUUGCUGGUGGAGCUCUCUCAGUCGCAAGACGAUGAGAUCGGGGACGGAACUACUGGCGUGGUGGUGAUGGCUGGGGCGUUGCUGGAGCAGGCGGAAAAACUACUGGACAGGGGGAUCCACCCCGUGCGCAUAGGGGAAGGCUUCGACCGCGCGUGCCAGACUGCGGUGGAACACCUGGAGAAGAUCGCGGACGCCGUGGAAUUCUCCAGGGACAACACCGAGCCGCUGGUGACGACCGCCAUGACGACGCUAAGCUCUAAGAUCAUCAACGUCCACAAGCAGAAGAUGGCCAAGAUUGCCGUGGACGCGGUCAUGGCUGUGGCUAACCUAGAGAGGAACGACGUCAACUUCGACAUGAUAAAGGUUGACGGAAAACCGGGUGGCGAGCUGGGCGACACGGAACUUAUUCGCGGUAUCGUCAUCGACAAGGAAUUCUCUCACGCACAGAUGCCCAAGAUCGUGAAGGACGCGAAGCUGUGCCUCCUGACGUGUCCCUUCGAGCCGCCCAAGCCGAAGACGAAGCACAAGCUGGACAUCACAUCCAAGGACGCCUAUGAGAAGCUGUUCGAGCGGGAACAGAAGUACUUCGCGGACAUGGUGCAGCAGUGCAAGGACGUGGGAACCAACCUGGUGAUCUGCCAGUGGGGCUUCGAUGACGAGGCGAACCACCUGCUGCUCCAGAACCAGCUGCCGGCCGUGCGGUGGGUCGGGGGUGUGGAGCUGGAGCUCAUCGCGAUCGCCACGGGCGCGCGUAUCGUGCCCCGAUUCAGCGAGUUGACGGGAGAGAAGCUGGGGAAGGCCGGGGCGGUCCGCGAAGUGUCCUUCGGUACCACCAAGGACCGCAUGCUGGUCAUCGAGGACUGCUCCAACUCGACGGCGGUGACGGUGCUCGUGCGGGGGGGCAACAAGAUGAUUGUGGAGGAGGCGAAGCGGUCGUUGCACGACGCCAUGUGCGUGGUGCGGAACUUGAUCAAGGACAAGCGCAUCGUGUACGGGGGAGGAUCGGCGGAGAUCAGCUGCAGCGUGGCGGUGUCCCGCAUGGCGGACGAGAUCAAGGGGGUCGAGCAGAUCGCGGAGGGAAUCACCUCGCUGGGGAUCGACUGCAACCAGGUGGGCACGUGCGACAUGAAGGAGCAGGGGAUCUUCGAGACGCUGAUCGGGAAGCAGCAGCAGCUCCUGCUAGCAACGCAGGUUGUCAAGAUGAUCCUCAAGAUCGAUGACGUUAUCAUGAUGGGCAACUACGAGUGAUAUUAGAUGGUACUGCUGUUGAAAGUCCGUGUCGCAGUAGCUUUUUGUCUUUUUAUCAUUGUUUUUGUGACCCUCUGGG